UGCCCGCUAAUGAGUGGAGGGCGACGCACGCCAAUGGCCCAUUAGCCGGCUAGAUGUUGGUGUGGUUGGUGCUGCUGCUAUUUACGGCGCUGUCCAGCUCUAGCAGGGCGUGGCACGGUUCCAGAACCAUCGCGAACUGCUCCACGCCCUUCAGCAGCGCUGUGGUGCAGCUGAUUGUGGACUAUGCGGCCUGGCGCAACAUCGCCACCCUGUAUAUCGUGGACGAGGCCAUCCGAUCAGACUGCAAUUUGAAGGCCCUGCGGCGCCAUCUAGACUGCUUCAACCGCAACGGGCUGCGCUUCGCUCUACUGCGCCGCUUUGACAGCCACGUCAAUCACCAAGUGAAGCGCGUCCUCAUUGUUUCGUUCAUCAGCCGCCAGAUGGACGCGGCCGACUACCCGAAACAGGUGGGUGGUUGGCGUUGCCACCACGCCCUGCAGCAACGCCCUCUGUUGCAGCUGAGCCGCUUCAACAACGACAUCUACUUCAAGUGGCUGCACAUCGGCCAUCUGGUGGACGCGCCUGGCAACGCCGAACUGCUCGCCCGCUUGAGCAACAGCGCCAUCACUCUGUCCCUGGACCUUGUGGUUGCCGUGGCAACCGCAAGUGGAGGGGAGAAGGUGGGCGGGUUAGGGGCGUGCGUUCGGCCGCAGGCCACGCCCCCCAUCCAUCCAGCCAAUCCGAUGCCGCCUAAAGCAUCCGGCGAAAACGUCAGCCUUCAAAGCCUCUCCUUCUGCAUGCUGCAGAUCUACAAGGUGCGCAAAACCUGCAACCAGUCGCUGGUAGUGCGCCCGUUGGGCCAAUGGACGUAUCAGGAGGGCGUGGCCAACCUGCGCAGCUACCAAUCAGUCGACACCAGGAUCGAUUUCCAAGGGACGGCGCUGAAUUUCGGCAGAAAACUGGCGGGCAAAGAGACGGCAACAGUGUCCGAAGAGGCGGCAGUUGAGGACGACAACGACACCGACCAUUUGGACAGCAUUGCCGAUUAUAUCUGCGCCUACCUGAACGCCUCGAAGGCGGUCAAAAGCUUCCCCACUCUGGGCCUGAAAGGGGAGACGGGCAACUGGAGCGGCCUUCUAGGGGCGGUCGUGUCCCAGGAGGUGGACAUCGGGCUGGACAGCGUGAUCAAAAGCCCCGAGCUCUACAGCGACAUGGUCUUCACGCAGGACAUCUUCAUAUCCGAGCGGCACGUCUAUGUCAAACCGGAGCAAUCGGACGGAGCGAGGGACAUUUUCCUGGCCACUUUCCAGCCCAACCUGCUGGCCAACGUGCUGGCCACUGGGCUGCUUUUGGCAGCCGCCAUGUUCGUCUACACGUCCCUCCGGGCCUCCCACUGCUCCCUGGGCGGCUUGAGUGACGCCCUGUUCUGGAGCCUGGGGAUCAUCAGCAUGCAGGGCACCCAAAUCCAGGCCAAAUCGGCUGCCGGCAACAUGAUCAUUGUCAUCUCGCUGGUUUUCGCCCUGGUGAUCUACAACGCCUACUCCGCCUUCAUAACCUCGAAACUCUCGGUCAAGCUGACGGAGAUUCGGACUAUCGCCGACCUGCUGGCCAGUGACUACGACAUCGGGUACGCAACCAACAGUCCAGACGAGGUUUUCCUGCGGGUAAGUCCACGGCGCGAGCCUUGCCAAGGUCAUCCACGGCGAAACCCCCAGUCGAUGAACGAGACGCAGCUGAACCAGAUCUACCUGCGCGGGUACCUGCGCAAGAACAUCAACAACAUCACCGAAGGUCUGCUGAAGGCCACGCAGGGCAACUAUGGUUUCUUCGCCAGCCGCCGGGUGGCGCGCAAGGCCUUCCUGAAGAUCAGCGGCUACAAGUGCAAGUUCGAGAUCAUGGAGAUUCAGACGCCCAAAACGAAGAACUACGUGGCCUUCCCGAUGUCGCCCACGUCGCCCUAUCGCAAGGCCAUCGAUCGCUGCCUGAUCAAGAUGAGGGAGAGCGGCGUGCACGACUACAUGAAGUCCUCCAUUGAGCCCCAGUUGCCCAAGUGCGAUCAGCAGUCGAGUUUCCAGAGCGCACGCCUCAAUGACAUUGUGACAGCGAUUGCGCUCUUCUACGUGGGCAUUGGGGCGGGGCUUCUGAUCCUCAUGGGCGAGUGCGUGUGCAAGAAAAGGAGGGAGAUAUGGCGUAGGCUGGGGCGUGGCCUGCAGGCCUGCCACCAGAACAUCGAGUUUGCGCACUGAUUGUCCUAACCUCACUCGUGUGUGGCCCUUGGGCCUAAUAGAUGUUAGAGC